CUUAAUUGCAAUAGCCCGCGUUCGGCACGCCCCGUCUCGGCCUCACAAGAUGGAGGUUGCCGAAAGCUCAGUCAUUGGAUUUGCGAAUCCACCGUCUACUACAGAAAGCGUUAGAAUGAAGAGAAACAAGUCGCACAAGGCUAGACACACCGAAGAACUCCCCUUGACAGCUUCUACCAACGGACUUGCAUCCUCGCCUUCCUCCAAAGAUGACGGGUCACGGCCCUCGAAGCGCAAGCGAGACUCUGAACCGCACAAGAAGAAAAAUAAAAAGAAGCGUCGCGAAGCAGAGGAUGACGCAAAUGAAGAACCGGAUCAGACGUCUGAUGAAGGAGAAGACCCGGGACAACCCCUUGAUGUCCAUUUAAAAUCCGAAACUUCGCCUUCGAAAGAGACUCGAGAAACGGAGCAGGAUGGAACUGGAAAGGCCUCUCUGCCUCAAGACUCUCCAGAACCUACAUCUGAUGCCACACCCAGUGAUAGCCUGCUGAAAAAGGUGCGAGGCUACCGCAUCGGUGGUAAAAACCAGCAGAAAGUCGGGUUCUUCAUUGAGGAGGAAGUCAAAGCGCUGGAGAACUUCAAGGUCCAGUUUUGCAACAUCCAUGGCGUUGAGGGCCGUACCUUUGACGCAAUGGUCCAGCACUCUGAGCGUGGCGGCGAUGAAUGGCCGGUAGGGACCCAUAUCUGCACCAAGGGCGAUUUCUGGAAUGAUAUCUAUGCAUUGAUCCCCGACCGAGACCGCCGUUCCGUAUAUCGGUUCAUGCGGCGACACUUUCAGAACACGACACAAAAGGCUCACGACUGGACCCCAGAGCAGGAUGACGAGCUCAUCAGGCUGCAUGCUCAGCACGGGCCCAAGUACGCGCAGAUUGCCAAACUUCUCGGCCGCAGUGACGAUGACGUGACCCAGCGGUGGAAGAACCGCCUACAGUAUCGGGCCACAAAGAAGACUGGAGCAUGGAGCGAAGCCGAGCUACGCGCGUUCAUGAGAUCCUUGGAGGAAUAUCGAAACCUCCUGAUUGCAUCCUCGGCGGAACCCGAAAAGGCCGGCAAAGACAUCUGGGAGAUGGACCUCAAAUCCAUUUCGUGGGGCUCAAUCAGCAACGGAAUGGAAAACUGCCGAACUCGCCAGCAGUGCGCGGACAAAUGGCGAAAGAUCUCAAAGAACAUUAUCACUCUACGUCAGACUAUUGACCCUAAUGCCGUCUUUGAUCCCGUAGAAGCAGCGAAGAAGCACCACCGCUGGAACGGAGUUACCGAGGGCGAGAAGAGCAAGGUGUAUGUCGAAGAUGACGAUGACGAGGAAACACGGAUUCCCAGCACCACGCCUGCCAUCAUCCCCAAGCUAGAAUUCGCGGCCGAACAACAGGCUGUGGAUCUAGCCCGAGUUGCGAAAGAGGCUUCGAUUGAAUCGUCGCCCUCGCGGGGUGAUAUCCAGGUAGAUGGGUCAUACAGCGUCGAGAAGACGAAAAAGCGCAAGCACGCCGACGCUGAGGAAUCUGAGGACGAUGAUGACGACGACGACGAUGACGACGACGACGAUGACGACGCGACGCCCUCUUCGCCAAUCUCAGAUAACUCUCAUAGUGAAGUGAAGACAUCGCGAGAGGAAAAGCAAGAGAGAAGGCGGAAGAGGAAAGAGAGAAAGGAGCGGAAGAGACGAGAGGCUGCUGAAGCCGCCGCCGCCGAGGGGGUCGAGGAGAAUGCUACCAUCACCCCAAGGGAGAAGAAGCACAAGAAGCAUCGCAAGUCCGAGGCCGAUGGCAAUGAGGUGAACGAACCCGAGCCGACCGAGUCCUCAAAGAAGAAGAGCAAGAAGGAGAAAAAGAAGCACAAGAAGGCCGCGCAGGAAGGAGAUGCAGGUGUUGAUUACACGAGUGACAUUGAGAGUUCUAUGGUUGUCUAGCAUGGCUAAACACUACUGUUAUUACUCGCGAGAGGAUGUUUUGAUACAAUGAACAUCAAGUUUGAAGCCGGAAGAGCUAAUUGAAGCCAUGUCCCGGUUGAAUUGAAAUCUUUCUUUAGUUAGCGAAUUUGUAUCUUUAAUACGUGCCAACCUAGCCUACAUGAAAC